AUGGAUCGAUGCCAGGGGGGACUCUUCACGUCGCUCAUUGACAACCGCCCCACCGACACGCAGUUCGAAGUGCCCCCGGGGCUCACAGAGGUCCGCAUUCUUGACUACGACCCAGUACGGUACAUCAACUUUGAGGCGGAGAUUAACUUUCCAGAAGACGACGGCAUUGUGCAGGUCGAGAACUUUGGUAUCCACCUCAACGUCGACGGCACGAUCUUCUACGGUAUAAAAGUCGACGCCAUCCUGGACAAGCGAGCGGACCGAAUUUCCGUGGAUUUACUGUCGCGGUUGCUGGUUGACAUUCACCAGGACUCGUCCGAGAUCAUGGACGACUUACUGUCGUCCUACCAGACGAGCUUGCUGGACAUGGUCUUCCUCGGGGACAUCGCGAAUCGAGGCAAGUUCAAC